AUGUCAGAACAAUCCUUCUACAGAUUAGAGUUUCCAUCUCAGCUCAGUAGCGAUGAAUCAUCUCAACAAGGAGACGAAUGUUCUGAAAUUCCACUGGCUUUAAUCAAACCAUCAACAACAAGAUUGUCAAUAAAUGAAAAUGAGCAGCAAAUGAAAGGUGUUCGACGACGAAAACCAUUACGUCCAUGGUCAUUAUCAUCACGUGUUGAAAAACCAAUUUCAGUGAAUUCUGCCGAAUUGAUAAAUGAUGAUGACAGUCAAAUGGAACAAAAUGAAAAUCACCAAGAUGUAGAAGAAGAUGAAAAUGAGCCAAUUAAAGAUGAAAUAAAUGACUCAAAUAAUAGUGAACAACAAUCACCAAAUGAUAAUGAUGACAAUUCAAAUUUGACAAAAAUGGAAUGGCCUAAACAUUUAUCAUCACUUGAUGAUCAAAUGAAAUUAUUUCAAUUAGAUUCAGUUAAAAAUUCAGUUUAUUGUGUUCGUUGUGGUCUCGAUGCAUUACAAGACAAUUUACUCGAUCAUAUCUCGGUUCAUUAUCCUUAUAAAUGUUACUCGUGCAAUUUUUUCUGUGAUUCCUCAUCUGGUCUCGAUAAACACGUCCUUUCCCAUGCAUCUAAAACCCCAAACAUAACAAAUAGUAAUCAAGCAAUGAAAAAUAAUUCAACACAAUUUCAUUCAGUACCUCUAGUAGCAACAACAGGUACAACGAAUGGUAACACAUCAACGUUCAAUCAGCGAGAUUCAAAUGAAGAUGGCAAAUCAGCAACACCACCACGAUCAAAAGUAUACCGUUGUCGACAAUGUGUAUUCGUAUCUACCAUUAAAGAAGAAUUUUGGGCUCAUCAUCGUGCACACAUUCGUCCCGACAAAGUAUUGGAAUGUCCAUCGUGUCCAUUUGUGACAGAAUAUAAGCAUCAUCUUGAAUAUCAUUUAAGAAAUCAUUUGGGAUCAAAACCAUUCAAAUGCUCAAAAUGUGAUUAUGCCUGCGUUAAUUUAUCAAUGUUACGUUCACAUAUGAAAUCACAUUUUCGUCAUUUAUUAUUCAAAUGUCGUAAUUGUUCAUUUGAAACAAAACAGUAUCAAGCAUUGCAAGUGCAUGUUGAAACUGAGGGUCAUGAACCACAUCUCGAUAGUUCAAUUGAAGAAUUUCUUAAAGAAUAUGGUGCUGGAGCGAAUACAACUAUACCGACACUACCAGUACAACAACAAGAAAAAACACGUAGCCAAAAGGUGGUCAACAAUAAUAAUAUAACAACACGCAAUGGAAAUAAUAAACGACAACGUUCCGAUGUAUCAACUAAUAGUAAAUCAAUGUCUCCACCACUGAUGAGUGUUUCGCCACCUUUACAACAGUCAACAACUCCACACAUUAGUGGAGCAUUAGCAGCGGCUGUUGCCGCAGCGGCAAGUUACGUGACAACGAAUAAUUUGAUCAAUACACAACAACCACAACGAUUAGCAUGGAAUCAGAAACAAAAACUUAAUCCAUUUAAUAGUCUUAUUACAUCUUCAACAGCAUCUCCGUUAGAAGCAGCCACUUCCCUCCUGAGUAAACGUGAAUCAUUAUCGUCGUCAGCAACAUCACCGACGUCAAUUUUAGAACAACAACAACAACAACAAACAAUUGAUACUGAUUUACUUUUACAAAUGAUUCAAUCAAGGGAUAACAGCACCAGUUUGCUUUGCACAUUGUGUGAUUAUGUAGCAUCGAAUAAACAAUCGUUCGGCAUACAUCUGUUUGAACAUGCUAAGAAAAAUGAAUUGCUCAGUCGAUCAUUAACUGAUGAUACAACAUCGAAAUUAUUAGAACUAUUCAAUGGAAAAUUUGCAUACGGGUCAUCACCAAAUAGUUUUUCACCACAACAACUUAGUACUCUUGCAUCCGAAACCUAUCAGAAUAUUUUAACGCAACAAUUUCAGCAACAGAUGUCAGCUGCAUAUGAUUCAUUUAUUGACAAUAACAACAAUAAUACAACAUCUUUAUCUUCAUUAUUGAAUGGCACGUCAGAAACAACACCUACUCCAUCGUCUUGUUUAUCAACAGAGACUCCAAUUAACGAAAUUAAAUCGGAACCAAUCGAUGUUAAAAUAAAAUCAGAAUUAAAACGUCUACGGACUACAUCGAUUUCUAAACAUGUACGAAAACGAAAAGGGCAAGCAUUUAAAAUAUUGAAAACAGAACAAAAUUUAACAACAGCAACAUCAGAUAAUGAUGAAUACAGCGAAGAUGAACCGCAAGGUGGUGAUGAGACGAGUAAUGACACAGCUGAACUGAAAGAAGCAAGUGCCGAUUUAUUACAGCGAUUACACUGCGACUAUCUACAACAAGAUGCAAAUGAUCCUCAAAAAUUAUUACGUUCACAAGAUCAAGAAACGCAAGUGGAUGAAAAACAAAUUGGAAAAUUAUUUGAAUGCUCCCAUUGUGAAAUAUUAUUUCGUGAUUUUGCUCUAUAUUGUAUUCAUAAAUUAUUACAUUAUUCACAAUCAAAUCCGUUUAAAUGUGCUCAAUGUGGUGAACAAAAAGCAAAUAAAGUCGAAUUUUUUAUACACGUUGCACAAAUGGCUCAUGAACUAACUUAA